AUGGAGAUUCCAAACAAAAAACAGAGAAUUCAAUUGAUCACCACCUCUCAUUUGGUGAAGCUACUCACCAAGAUUUUGCUCCCAUUUUCACUUCUUUCUGUUAUAUUAUCCUACCCUUUUAUGUGUAACUUCCAAGCUUUGGCAUAUGGUUUACAACUCUUUAGUUCCGGUGUAGGCAAGAAUUACAUGUUUCUGCUCUGCAAUGGGCUGCUUAUUUUCAUUGCCACCAGCUCGGGUUUGAUCGGUAGUAGUUGUGUAGAGACUGAUGUUAAAGCUGAAAAGGCUGUGAAGAUCAGUAAAUUAGAGGUUGAAGCAUCAGAGCCAAAAGGGUCCAAUUUAAAACCCAACGUUGUUGCAGAAUUUGAUCAAAGAGAAGAAGCAGAUGUGCCCUUGGUUGUAGAAAAUGAAGGUGAAGAAGACAGAUCAAUGGAGGAGGAUGAAGAUGAAGAACUUGGGUGGAUGAGUGAUGAAGAGCUAAACAAGAAAUGUGAAGAUUUUAUUAGAAAGAUGAAAGAAGGGAUUAAAUUUGAAGCUCGCCAAGUGAUUAUGGCUCAAUAG